AUGGCCAACUACGCGGAAUAUCCCCAAUACCCUGUUCAAUAUGAGCAAAUGAUGGACCCAUCCAUCCUCUUCAGCAUCCCGUUUGAUCAAUACCAGACGGGGUGGAACGAGUCGGCCCCGUAUGCAAACUACUACUCCCUCCCUGGUAGCUCGUAUAGCUACGACGACGUUGCUUCCUUCCUACGUCAAGGCGAGGUUUACGGCGGCACAGGUUACGCCGAUGCAAGCACCUUGCCACCGCAGAACGACAUGGCUUACAUCGACCCACGGCUUCUGCCUGAUAGCAGCGGACACCCGCAGCCCAACCCGGCAUCCUGGAUGUCUCCUCAGACCCAGAGUUGGCAGCCGAACGUGCACCAUCCAUGGGAGAACUUCGGCGCGCAGAUCCAAACAGCCGCCAUUCCCCAGCACCAGGGCCAGCCCCCCGCGCCACCGGCGCACUAUUUCUCUGGUCCGCGAGGAUCCUCCCGCGGCGCCUCCACCUCUGCCUCCACUUCCACCUCCCCAACCACUGCGCCCCGCGCACCCGUCCCCACGCGCCGCGACUCCCCAUCCACCCCCAAGCCCCCGCACCGUCCCCGGGCGCAACCGCAGGCGAAGCCCGAGCCCCGCGUCUGGCACGGCGACCUCCCGCGCUCCCUCAAGCCCGUCAUCGCCUCCCCGCCCACGCUCCCCUGCCCCGUGCCGCACUGCGCAGAGCGGCUGCCGCCGACCGACGGCGCGUGGCGCGUGCACUUCGCGCGCGCGCACCACGCGACGUUCGUCGGCCGCCCGUGCGCGCUGCCGUCCGCGCGCUGCGAGCGCGAGCACAAGUGCGCGUGCCCGGACCCGGCGUGCGCCGCGCGUGGGGGGAGGAUGAGCGUGGGCAGCCUCGGGCGGCACUGGCUGAACGUGCACGUCGGGGUGCGGUACGCGUGCCCGGUCGACGGGUGCGCGGUGCAGAAGCUCUGGCGGCACUCGUCGUGCGAGCGGCACGUGAAGUCGUGUGUGGGGAGGCACCCGGAGGCGUGGGCGCGCGCGGUGAGGGAGCAGCGGGCGGGGGUGUAG